AUGGGCCUGCUGAUAAUCCUGAACACGGUCUCGGUCGGCGUGGAAAUCCAAAGUAGUUUGGACGGUGAUACUGCGGUGCAAGGCGUCUUAGACAUUCUAGAGAACAUAUUGUUGCUAGGGUUUCUCGUGGAGCUCGUGAUUCGCAUGAUGGCGAACGGCUGGGAUUGCUGGAGUAACCUAUGGUUCCUCACUGAUUUUGUCCUGGUUUUUGUCGGCGUGAUUGCCGCCUGGGUCGUCAAGCCUGCGCUUCACAUCAGCAGCAACUCGGUGGAGGAGCUCGAUCUGAUUCAGCAGCUUCUGGUCGUAAGGAUACUCCGUUUGAUCCGUCUGGUGAGGGCGAUGCGCUUGAUAGACUAUUUUCAGGAACUCUGGAAGCUGACCAAGGGGCUCAUAACAUCUGGCCGCACUGUCAUUUCUGCACUCAUCAUGGUGAUCAUUGUGAUCUAUGGCUUUGCCUGUUUGGGUGUUGAGGUGAUAUACAACUCAGAAGUUCUGCGGGCGGACCCCGCAACCGCAUUCAUUCUGGAAACGCGCUUCAGCUCGCUGCCAUCCACCAUGCUGACUUUGGGGGCGUUCGCGAACGCAGACAGCGUGGCGUCGAUCUACGUGCCGCUCUGCCAGGUUCAGCCCUGGCUGGUCUUCUAUUUCUGCUGCCUCUGGCUGGUGGUCACCGUUUCGCUGAUGAACCUCGUGACUGCAGUGGCGGAUCGUCGAGAGCGCGAUUGCUGGCGCAUCCGAGGACGCCGAGAUGGACCGCAAGAUGAUGCGCAAGCAGCUGAAAAGGCUGGUCCCCGCGAUCCAGGAGGUGUUCAUGAAGCUGGACACAGACAACGAGGGCACGCUCAGCCGUGAGGAACUUGCGCAGGCUGAUAUCGUGUGGCCACAGG